GGCUUGAAGCGGAAGGUCAACACAAUCAUGGCGUGGAGAGGAUACGCGAUAAAAUGGGCCAAAACAGAGUUCGUGAGAUCCCAGAACACCACUCCACGAAGCUCCAGUCUUAACCCCUACAACCAGCAGAGGUGUGGAUUUCGUCGGGAGGCCAAAAGGCCAGACAUAAAGAAAAAAAAUGCCACGCAGGAAACAAACACCUCAGCCACUGAGGCUGGCACCCCGGUGCCCCAGCCUCCUCCUAAAGUCCCCAGGCCGACACUUUUCACACCGCUGAUGUUCACAGUAGGGUUUACAGGCUGCUCCUUUGGUGCGGCGGCCAUUCUCCAGUAUGAGAGUCUAAAGUCAAGACUUCAGACUGCAAAAGAUGAAGAGAAGUCAGAAAAAGACAUGCAGGGCACCCAGGACAUGGCAUACUGGCACGACUGGUGGAACCAGCUGUCCAGCUUCCAGCGACAGCUCAUUCUCCUGGUGUCCAUGGUGGAUGACUUCUGGAACAGUUUCACAGAGGGACAGAAGACUGUCAUUGGUAUUAUCGCACUAAAUGCCGCAGUCCUCUGCUGUUGGCGGAUCCCUUCAAUGCAGAGAAGUAUGCUUAAGUACUUCACGUCCAACCCAGCCUCCAAAACACGCUGUCUUCCCAUGGCCCUGUCCUCCUUCAGUCACUACUCCAUCAUCCACAUGGUGGCUAACAUGUAUGUCCUAUGGAUAUUCUCCUCAGGGAUCGUCUCUCUUUUGGGGAAAGAGCAGUUUCUUGCAGUUUACCUGUCUGCUGGUGUGGUUUCCACUAUGGUCAGUUACACAUGUAAGGCAGCCACCGGGCGUCUCUAUCCAUCAUUAGGGGCGUCCGGCGCCGUCAUGGCAGUGCUCGCUGCUAUCUGCUCUAAGAUGCCAGAGGCCAAGCUCGGCAUAAUCUUCCUUCCCAUGGUCACUUUCACAGCAGGAACAGCUCUGAAAGCGCUAGUUGCCAUUGAUACAGCAGGACUUCUGUUGGGAUGGCGGCUGUUUGACCAUGCAGCUCACCUUGGCGGAGCCCUCUUUGGAGUGUGGUAUGUGGCAUAUGGUCAUAAACUCAUCUGGAGGAAGAGGGAGCCCCUUGUGAAGUUGUGGCAUGACAUUCGUUCACCAGGCAGCCGAGGUUCCAGGCCUGGACGUGGACCCGGGGGUGGUGGUGGUGGACCAACAUCAUAAGUCCCUGAAA